AUGAGGCGCACCGCCGCGCGCGCGGCGCGCGCGUCUCGAAGCGCGCGCGAGUACCUGCCGAAGGCGUUUCCGUCGCUCGACGCCGACGACGUCGCGCGCGAGCUCUUCGACGACGCGCGCGCGGUGGCGACGUUCGGCGCGAGCGACGAGGCGACGGCGCGAAAACAGCUGGGACACGCGUGCGCGCAGGCGAUCGGAGGCGAAGCGCGCCGGUGCAGGCACGGAUACAGUCGCGCGCUGCUGUACGCGCCGGCGUCGACGACGACGACGGACGCGAGGGCGGCGCUCAAGGCGGAGCACGCGCUGUCGAGACUGAGCUGUCCCGAACUCAUCGAAGCCGUCGACGCGUGGGAGCGCGAGGGAGGGAUACACGCCGUCGCGGCGGCGUGCGACGCGGACGAAAGUUUAUUCCAAAGCCUGGAGCGGGCGCAUCGAGACGCGCCGAGGGUGCGAAACUGGUUGGUGGGCGAGGAGACGAGCGCGCGGGUGCGCGAAGGCGAGACGAAAACGGAUUUCAUCGUCAACAGAACGGGGUUAGUUGGGGUGAGUUUAGAGGCGCUGACGAGCCAGAAGACGUGGAAGAAGGUGAAAUGUCUUCACGCGCACAUAGCGGACACUUUGGUGCGGGGGAGAGGGAAGAAUGCGGUCGGCGCGUUUGCGCUCGACGUUCUUCGCACGAGAAGAGGCGUCGACGUCGACGGAACGCCCGAGUGCUGGCGCAGAUGCGCGCCAGGGGUAGCGGAGAGUAGAAAGUAG